GAGGGAGAUCUUCAACGCGAAUAGGAGCAGUUACGGAAGCAGACCACGCAUUGGGCUUGCUCCUCCAGCGUUUGAGGAGAAACACGAACAACCUAGCGUUAGGCUUGAUACUUGCUCCGACUUCACUUCUUCGCCUCCAAUUCAGCUUUCAGCAGAGCAAGCCCUCCCGGAAGCAACCGCACAGCACGAGGCUGCACGCGAAAUUGGCGCUCACCACCUAGCUCGACUGCCUUUCGUUGCCAGCACUUGGGGGUGGCGAGUAUCCUCGAAGGAUUGACUCGCUCGUUGCAUGCACAUUUUCCCUCCAAAGCUGGGAACAGGAUCCAACCCAAGUCCCGCACUCCCAAUCGAGCAGCAUUUAGACGCACCGUCUUUUGCAGCGCGGCUGCUGGACAUCUCUCCUCCGAGCUCUCGCAUGUCCGCCCUUACGUCAGACUCAGACUAUGGGGCACCUGUUGACAAGGGAAAAUGGCGCGAGAUUACCAAACCUUCGUACGACUAUACAUCGAACAAUGUGCAUGCCCUGAACGACUAUCACGACGCGCAAGAAUGGCUCUCGGACGAGCUGAAGCAGCCUCUCAUCACAGAAAACAAACGUUCUCCCAAGAAUAUGCACAAGCCACCGCCUUUGCACAUCUCUGUCACAUCCUCGGAUUCUUCGGAUAGAGAGCACUCGUCCUCCUCAGCCUCUGGCUUUUUGGACCCUUACUAUUUUUCCAUACCGUCCCCUGCGGAAAGCUCACCAGUCAGUUUGCAUCCAGAGACCAGCGAAACUCCAAGAUAUCAGUGGCAACAAUCUUCUAAACGGGGAUGCCUCAUCGAGCCCAAAACACCAGGGCGCGACCCCGCUGCAAUUGAUCGGACACAUCUCGUUGGAGUGGGGGAACUUACGACUCCGCGUUGGGCGAAGACGAGAGAUCCGGGGUGGGACGAUGCCCGGGGUUCUGCCGUGAGCUCGCCCAGUCAAUACGACAGUAAUAAUGAAAGUCUUUUGAUGCGUUCGUGGGUCGUCAAUGAGAUUGAGGCUCCGAAUGACGAAGGUGACCACGUCCUUGCCGUGAGUUAUCUUCUGUUUUAUUGGUUGUUCUUGCACUAAUCUUGCUUUCAAUAGGAACGGCGUGGCACUCAGACAGCUCCCUUGCAGCCUCCAAAUGCUGUUCAAUCAUCUAAGGCUCCUAAAGUUCUAAGGCAUCAGUCGUCCUCCACAGAAGAGAGUGGUGGGGAAGAGAUCCUGUACAAGCCACCACUUCCGUCACGGGAACGCACUCUUCGCAGAGUGUCCGAGACGGAUUCUAACGAAACGGUGUCACCACCCCAAAGUAUUUUGGGUCAACUUACAAAUCCAGAGCCUGCCGGGCAAGUCUCACCCCCUUCUUCGUUCCACCCGUACCCCACCGCAAAGAAAAGAACCUCCGAAGAGUUUGAGAGGGACCAGUUUGGUGUCCUUGUGUCGAAAGUCACUGGGUUGUCCUUGUCAUCUAAUCAUUCAGAU